AUGGACCACUACAACAACAGCCUCAGCUCCAUUCUGGACACUCAUGUCCCACUGGAAACCCGAAGUGUCACCUUCACCCGCUCAGCUCCCUGGUACACCAACCAGCUCAGGGCCAUGAAAAGGUCGGGCAGUGUCCUGGAGCGGGCCUACACAACAUCUGGGCUGACGGUGCAUAAGUUGGCCUACCAGAGACAUCAAAAAUCCUACUCAAAAGCACUCUCAUCAGCAAGUUGCGUUCCCAUCACACCCCAACAGUAA